AUCAUCAGAGAGAAAACUGGAAAAUAGAUGAAUUUUUUUGAAGGCUGAUGAUCUGAAGAACAUUUCAGUUAAAGUUUCAUUCUUUUUCUCCAUAAUGGAAGGUGGAUCCCCAGAUCGAGAAUCCGUGGAAUCUGGGACAAAAAAAUCGAGUAUUUCUUCAGGUGGGAGAGUCCAAGAUCGCAAAGAAUUUCUCCGUAGGUUUGUAGAUAGCGAAAGCCUGAUUGAAAACCUUAAGACAUGGCAUGAAGAGGUACGAGAGGAACCUCCCUUUGAUGUUCCUUUUGAAUUGAUAGAUCUUCAAAAGUUUGAUUAUGCUUUGGAAGGAGUUCCAUUUCAGCAGCUGAUUCGAAUGCCUAGAGCGAUCUAUAACUCAGCUUCUGGUGCUGUGGAAGCAACUGCUUAUCUUGCCCUUGAAGAUUUUCUGCAUGCAAGUGUGAAGAGUUUAUGGGAGUCAUUUUGGGGUCAGGAUGAACCUCUGCCUUUCUAUGUUUCUAGUAUCUACAAUUCAAACUUGAGAUUCUACCAAGCUGAGAAAGCCAUUGCUAAAGGGAGAGUUGGAGGUCUUUGUGCUACAGCUAUAAUGCUAAAGAACCCAAAGCAUCCACAAGGGAAGUGGGAUGAUGUUUUGCAACUUGCUAUUCUAAGGCCUGAUAUAGGAAACCGUGCUACUGUAAAGAAUGACUGUAAGCCUUCUCUCUCAGUUUUAGGUGAAGCUUUAUUCUUUACAGUACGUGUAUUGCUUGCAAGAAGCUUCAGCAGAUACAAUAUUCCUCUCAGUUUGAAUUCUGUUUUUGUUCUUUUAGUUGACUCUCAAUAUGGUGGUGUCAUGAAAGUUGAAGGAGAUAUAACCAAGUUGGAAAUGGAUGUGAAUGAUGUUUAUGGUUGUGCUGCUGAAUGGAUAAAAAAUAAUGCUUUAAUUACAAUCUCCCCCGUUGAUAGAAUCUGGACCAAAUUUGGAAAUGCUAAUUGGGGAGAUAUUGGUGCUUUACAGGUACUUUUUGCUACUUUCCACUCGAUCACUCAGUAUGCUGGAAUGUCAACGAACUCGGUUGAAGAUUUGGCUGCUGACCACAGUUCUCGUCUUCAAGCAAGAAGAAUUGAAAGGCAAUUGUGGGAUAGCAGGUCGAAUGGAAAUGGUUCAUUUCGCCUCGAGCAGCAUAGUGCUUCACAUGAAAUUGUAGAAGUGCAUGAAGAAUCUGUCAGGUUGGUAUCUGAAACGUCUAUGAAUCUGGAGGUUGGUUCUGUCUUGCUGAUAGAAGACUCAAACUGGGAGAAGGGUUAUCAGAUCAACGAAGUCCUGACUGACGGAGAGAUUACAUAUUAUAUUGCAUCUCCUGUUGAAGAUCCAGGUAAGGCUUUAUUUCUGUAUGUAAGUUCGCAUCCUUCUCAGCUGGAACCAGCAUGGGAAGAUAUGAAGCUAUGGUAUCAAGUUCAGAGGCAAACUAAGAUAUUAAAAAUUAUGAAGCAAAAUGGGUUAUCUAGCAAAUAUCUGCCACAAUUGAGUGCAUCUGGCCGGAUAGUUCACCCUGGCCAGUGCAGAAGACGAAAUGGUGGUAAUUGUGAUUACCCAUGGUGUGGAACCCCCAUUCUAGUGACUACCUCAGUGGGCAUAACAGUUGCUGAUAUGGUGAGAGUUGGCCAAUUUGGUAAAGAUGAGGCUAUCAGGUGUUGCCAUGACUGCCUAUCUGCCCUUUCAGCAGCUGCCUCAGCUGGAAUUCGGCAUGGUGACCUCAGGCCUGAAAAUGUUAUUUUUGUUACACCUGGUGUGGGGCAGCCUUAUUUUGUUCUUGUUGGUUGGGGACAUGCCCUUUUAGAAGAGAGGGAUCGUCCUGCAAUGAAUCUCCAUUUCUCCUCUACGUAUGCCCUUGAAGAAGGGAAACUAUGUUCAGCUUCCGAUGCUGAGAGUCUAGUUUACAUGCUCUACUUUUCAUCUGGUGGUGAUAUGCCUGAUCUUGAUUCAGUUGAAGGAGCAUUGCAAUGGAGGGAAACCUCUUGGUCAAGAAGGCUAAUCCACCAAAAGCUUGGAGAUAUUUCUACAGUCUUGAAAGCAUUUGCAGAUUAUGUUGACAGCCUUUGUGGAACGCCCUAUCGUAUGGACUAUGAUAUCUGGCUUAGAAGGUUAGAGAGACAUAUUCAUGGAAAGGAAAUUGAAACAUCAAGUUAGAAAUUUGUUUUCGUUCAGCGCUGAAGCCUCCCUGCAUUUCCCUUAGGACAACCUCUUAGAUUAUCUGAACAUACUGGAAGAUAGUUCUACCAGUAACCAAUUGAAUUAAUUUUUGGCCCUGAACUGUGUAAUUGUUUUGCCUAUGGAUAUGGACUUGGACACUGUUCAAGAAAGCAUUCUAUAUCUGUAAA